AUGUCAAGGGCCACAAGGCGUUUCAAUCUUCCAGGUGCAUUCCUACCGGAGAAACAUGUAGGAUAUUUGCAUGAUUGGGGUGAUUGGGAUCAGCUCCUCAACUCAGAUGAAUGGAUCAAUGCCAUGCUCAAGAGUUCCCCACUUCUCCCUAAACUCGAAAGCUUAGUCUCACAUCCCUUGGACCUACCUUCUGAGGAUAUGCUGCUCAGUUCCAGUGGCUACGAGAUAGAUCCGAGGCUGCGAAGAAGUGUGCCAGACUGGAGACUUAUCGGGCAUGUGUCAGGCGAUGAUCUCCUCAAUACGAUCCCUCCCUCCCGGUCUUGGAAAACCUGGCAGCGCUACCACCGACCUGUAGGCUCGCCACUGUGGAGCUUGCUGUGUCUGCAAGGGUCAGACUGCACCCCGCGUUGGCGCACGGUUCCUUUGGCAGGAUACUGGUCCAAAGCCUUCACUUUGUGA